AUGAGAGUUGCUGAAUUAGUAGAAAGAGGUGAGAGAAUAGGAGAUUAUGAAGAACUAAAAAUUUUGAUUGGGAAGAUUGAGGAGUUUCGUGGCUCUCCGAUUUAUCUUUCUUUAAAGGAUAGAAUAAAGAAUUUAAAAGUUAAGUUAGCUAAUAAUGAUUUACAGAGUUAUCAACAAACUAAUUUAAAAAUGAUCGAAGAGGAAUUAUUAAAAUGCGGGGUAAAGACUGAAGAAAUAGAUCAAGCAGCCCAAAAAGCAUUUGAUAAAUUAAACACAGUAAAGGAUUUGCCGGCGGAAGAGAUUGAUAAUUCGAAAGAAAUAAUUAGUGUUAGUGUUAGAACAAAAAGUGCUGAAAAGCAAUUAGAUAGAUUUAUUAAACAAUUUGAUGAUGGUCAUGAUAAAAUUGCUAAAAAAAGAGCAAAGAAAAAAAUUCUUCAAUUUAUUAGUAAUAAAAACACUUUUAAUCAAAAAGCAGCAGUGAUGAGAAAGGAGAAAUUAGAUGCGAUCCUCGGAAAUCAUAAUCAAGAACUUGAUCUUUCUCCUAAAAGAGUAAAAUUAAAUUAUGAAAAGAGUCAAAAAACGACUUCAACAACUCCCGUCUCAACAGCUUUUGCAAGAAAUUCAGGAAUACAUUUUGGAUUAAGAGUAAGUGAAGCAAUCAGCCUAGACUUAGAGUUAAACCAUCCCGAACUAGAAUAUAAAGAUCUUUAUUUGUUAAGGGGCAAAAGGAAGAAGGAUCGUUAUGUUUACAUUGCACCGGAGAUAGUAGAAAUAUUAAAAAAAUAUGCUCCUCAUACCCUUAGAAGGUGUUUCGCUACUUAUAAUCUUUUAGCUGGAAUGCCCUUAAACAUCUUGCAAAAAGUUUUAGGUCAUAAAAAGUUAGAAACAAUGCACAAUCUUGAAUUACUUUACUUCUACCUAGUAACUAUUGCUUACGAUGGAAGUGAUUUUGCUGUUAGUAUCUUAGCGGCUAGCCGCACCGAUAAAGGGGUUCAUGCUCAAGAACAAAAAUUUACUCUACGACUUAAUUUGAGUUUUUCCUCAGAAAAGUUAUUCAAUUUAUUAAAAAAAGCCUUUGGUGGGGUUGUUUUAGUAAAAAAGGUUCAAAAAGUAGAUAACAAUUUUCACCCUAUUCGCAGUGUUUUCAAUAAAGAGUAUCGUUAUUUUAUUAAUGUUGGCAAGUGCAAUAUUUUCCAAAAAAAGUAUCGUUGA